UAAAUCAAUUUUGUCUUCCAAGCGCAGUGUAUCUGUUAAUGGAUUAAUUCCCACAACACCCUUGUGAGGCAGAAAAUAUUAUCCCGACAGAGGAAGUCUUUGGGGAGCAAACUGCAGGAACCCGGGGAAGGGGGACGACUAAUCCACUCUGCAUGAGGUAGAUCCCUCCACAGAGCGGGAGACUCAGUCAAUCCGCGCCUCGGAUCGCACUAAUCCCGUGGGAGUCUCACAAUAGGCCGCGAGGCUGGGCACGGGGAUGACAAUGGCGAGACCCUGCACGCGUUACACCGCGGCCCCGCCUCUUCAUCAGCAAGGCCGAGACGUCUCUCGCCGUUGCCGUCCGCCUUUGUGGUCGCCGCUGCCGCUCAGCCAGGCCGCAAUACUAACUACCGCCAAGUGCGCGCCUCUCCCGCCCGCUCUCAGGCGCCAUUUACCGCAGCUCCUUAGCCACCCCACCUCCCGACCUCCUAUCCCCCCCACAGGGAAUCCCUCAGGCGCCUACUCCCAUCACCCCAGGGACCUCGCAGCCUCCAUCCACACCCGCUCAAAGGCUGCCCCGCCGUACAGUCAGGCUCCCGGGCCACUGCCGCGUUCAACGCCACCACUCAAAAUGGCGGCCGCGCCCGAGCUAGGCCCCGCGAAGAGUCGCCGCCGCACGUCCCCUACCGAGAGGGUUCUCGCGGCCUUCAGCGCCCUCAACACCCCUGCCCGCCCCCCUGCUCGGGGGCGGAGAUGUCUGUCCGCCCCCAGGGCCCGAACUGCUGCAGCCGCCUCCUCCGGGCACACCGGGCGGGCUGGGCUGCGGCGAGCUCGGGCCCUUCUCCCCGUACUCACCGGGAGAUCCUCACACUCUCCUCGAUGUGCGGCGACGGUAGGCUCUAUGGUGAGGGUCGGGAGGGCGAAGAAACCUCCGCCUCCUCUCUUCUCACCGGCGGGCGCCUUGCUUGCUCGGCAAACUACGCAGCGAAGGCAGAAACAAGCAGGUAGGAUGGCGUCGCGGGCACACAAGUAUCGCGAUAGCCACGCUGCGCACAGAACCCUAGCUCUGCUUACGUCCAAGGUACUGGGAACGGCGCAUGCGCACCUAAGUCAAGAUGAAGAAAAGCGCAUGCACGAAGGAAAGGUACUGCUCGACAAUAACUCCCGAGUGCCUAGUCUGGAGCAACUCAGUAAAAGUCAUAGAAUCACAGAAGAUCAGGGUUGGAAGAGGCCUCAGGAGGAUUUGCCCAUAGCUACUGGUCACAACAGCUGAGGAGAAAAGAAAUGCUUGGUAAGAAGAGCUAUUCUCUUGCAAAAUUAUCCACUUUUGAAAAAUGGAUAUUUAAGCAGUAUACAAGCCAUCACAGUAAAAGACCCAUCCUAUUUGUCUUACUCAUGAAAGUAGUCGCAGCCAUGUCAUCGUGCGCAAGAGAGAGGAGCUGAAGGGCUUCAACUCACUGGAUGACCUGCUGCACGUCAAGGGCAUCACCACCCAGAUCCUGGAGCUGAACAGCCAGCGCAUGAUCUGCAGGAGGAGGCCAAGCAGCGAGGAGGUUCCUGGUGGGAGCCCCAGCCAGCAGGGGCACACUGCCCCCGUGCCUCAGAAGCUGGAAGGUGUGAAUGAAGCAGAUGGUUGAAGGAAGAGAGGAUGGUUUUAUGGUUAAGGAAGUUGAAUGCUACUGUGGAGAACUGGAUUCUAGCUAUGUAUCCAUCAAGUUCCUUUGUGAUGCUGGGCAAGUCUCUUAAAUCAAUCUUUUCACAGGUGGCCACUAUUUGCAUGUUUCUCCUAUGUGAUACACCUGGGGCCAGAUUUGCUAAAUUGCUGAGCUGCCGUGACUGCAAUUGAAGACAAUGGGAGUUGUACAUACAACAUGCUACAUAAUGCUAAGUACUCUGAACAAUUUCUUGGCUUCCAAUGGCCUAUGCCAAGGUUCCUUUGUGCUACUAUAAUAGUUCAAAGGUACCUUAAAACCAUCCUAUGAGCAUAGAAAAUAAACUAUCCAAUUAACCUCGCCCUUUUUUUCUCUUUAUGAACCAAUUCUGAUAUCAGUGUGUGUAUUCAUUGUUCAUAUUACUCAACAAAUAGUUUGGAUAAGCAACUUUCAGGCUAUUGGAAGUUCACAAACUGUUCAUGGAAGUAUGAAUCCUUUUUUCAGUAUUGUUGUUUGAGGACUAUAGGGAUAUUUGUAUUCUAGAAACAUGUUUUAAAACAAAGUUAAAUUGAGUGUUUUGUUCAAAGAGAGCUGAAAUGGGAGAUAUAAAUCCAACCUGGGCCAUUGGGGAAGCUGUUCUUUAUGGCUUCCAGGUGGCAGGCCAUCAGUGUCACUUUAGGAAAUAAGACAGGGGGUGAGUGGGGAACAGCAAGAGAUGACAUGGUAAGAAAGAGAGAAAAAAGAGGAGAAGAAAAAAAGGUCCCAUCAACAUGAUUGCAGGAAUUUCCUUUCACUGGUGAAACUAUUGGACAGUCAGAGAAGCUUACUCCUAAGAGCACUUGCGGCAAAUUAAGCUUUGGAAGAACUGUGUGUAGAAAAGUAAGUCUUGCAUAGGUAAGUUAAAGAUGCCCUGGAAAAAGUUAUUGCAAGAGAUUUUUAUCAUAUUUCAAUACAGUUCUGCUCAGCUUCCUGAGUAUUUGUGUUUGUUUGUAUAGCCAAAGAACAUACAAGUACCUUACUCCCUGGGUAUAUUAUAUCAGUUAUCUUGUCCAGUCUGGUCUAAGCUCCUCAUCCUGAGCUUUUAUUCUGAACUGAGUCAAACAUUACCUGAAGUUGGUCCCUUAAUGAGAUCCAUGUUUUGGUAGUUAUCCACCUGCUAUCAGUUAAGCAGUAUACAGGGCACUAGUCUUUCAAUUAAGCAGUAUAAAUUGCCUUUUGAGCCUGCUGCAGUGAUCAAGAGAUUUCACCAGGGGAACAGUAUUUGGGAAAAGUAUUUGGAAGGGAUCUACCUGAGAGGAAGGAAAAGACCUAGUUCUAGCCUGAAAGAACAGGUAAAAUAGCUGUUGUCAUUGAUGUUUCACACAUCCCAUUCUUAAUAUAGUUGGAGAAGGUAAUGUGUGAGUUCCUAGGUUUCCAUCUGAAAUGCUAUUGAGUGGUAUGAGUUUUAUUUGGCUCCCACCACUUCCUUUUAAAAUUAGAGCUUGGUCCCAGGCAUCCUAGUACAAAAAGGAUUAAAUCAUAUUUGCUAUGGUAACAGAGGUAGGUGACCUUAAAUUCCCCUUGUUAGCUGUUAUAAUAAUUGGCAAUUGAGUAACUAACUUUAAGAUCCAGCAGGUAAUUUUUAACAUACUUUUUACUGCUUUAAAUCUUAGUCACAUGCUGAAGACAUCUCAAAUCCAUAACUCAGGAGCCACUGAUAAAUCCUGAAAACACUGACAGUAAUAUAAUAUUUAACAGAAAAAUAAAAAUAUCAACUACACAUUAGUUACUAGCGAUACAUUUCUGUAGUUGUAGUAUUCGUGGUUAUUUAACAGUACAGUCAGUAUUGGUGACUUUUUUUUUUUUAUCACCACCCAUGAUCAAGAUAGCCUGAAGGAAAUAUUCUUAGCUGAAAACAGAAAAACAUGAGAUUUUAAGAAAAAUUUUGUUCUUAGUUAUGCAAGGGUAAAUCCAGAAUAACUCUGCAAAAGCCAGUGCAGUUAUCUUGGAUCUGCACUUGAGUAAUUAACAGUAGACUUUUGUCCUUUGUAUGUUGUUGAAAUCUGGUUCACUGAAUACAUCCAGCAUUUCCUUCCAGUAUUUCUAAUUUGCUGAUUUGAGAUGAUACUUUUCUAUUCAGUAAGAUUAAAAGAGGGUGCUUGGGAAACAGUUGUAUGUAAGAGACACAGAUGGGACUGCUAUAGCUAGAGAUCUCUAAAGACUUCUACCACCACAGUAUUAUGGUAGUCUAGAACAUAGAUGUAAUGUACCCUUUGGAAGAUGAAUCCCAGGAAGGUCUUAUGAAGCACUUGGGAAACUAUUGAGAAAAUUGGAUCAAAGGAUAAAAUACCUGCAAAAUGAAUUGAAGUUGGGGACUGAAUAGGGAAGGGAAAUAAGGCAACAUAAGCAAUAUCUGAGACUGACCAAAAUAUAUGGGAAAUCAAACUAUAUGAGAGCAAGUGAAAAAUACAGAAGAAAAAACUUCAUCCAUGUCUCUUCUAUUUCUCUUUUGCCGAGUAAGCAUUAAAAUAGAAUUGAUUUACCAGUCUCCGAUCUCCCCUUUUUCAUGUAGGUAGUGAGCUGUACAAAUUAACUACAUUUGUUGGUAGGCACAAGUCUUCCGGAAGUUACUGUUCCAACUCUUUCUCUUAGACAAAAGCACCAAAAACAAUGUCUCACAAAUCAUUGUUUGGACAGUAAUAUUUUAAUAUGUAGUGGGUAGAACUCUUUUGACUGUGGGGAGAAUAGGUCAAUGCACAUAGAAAAAAAUAAGUGAGACAUUCUGAUGAAAUGUCAACAAGACGUUUAUUUAAAAAUUGAAAUCACAGCAGACAUUUUAAUAAUGGAAUAAUGUGGACUACCCAUCACCACCCAUGAUCAAGACCAUUUGGGAUUCAGAAUAUUAAGAGCAGAGCAACUGUGCAUAACAGCCGGUGUUCAACAUCUGUCAUGCUGGAGUCCAUUAAUGUUCAAUUGCAUUCUAUUGUUUUCAGAUUAUUCAACCUCAUUUCAUUGUCAUUGUUUCUGCUAGGGAUUAAUCAACUGUUUACAACUACAUGGGGUUUUGGAGUCAUAAUGGAACCAAUUAGUAUAGAGUUUUCGACAAAUAUACAGUAUUCAAUCCCUAAUGAAAAAUUACUAAUUUACAAGUACUUGGUAACAAUUUAAUCAAGCUUGAAAUCAAAUACACAGAAUAAAUCAUAGUGUGACACAUUUUUGAGGUUCUGCAUAUUUCAUAAAGACAGAAUAAAAUAAAUAAAAGUUCCUUGUAAAUUUGUGAAUCUCUGUUUUAAAGAGAGCAAUAAAAACAUGCUGAAAUUAUAUUAAAUACCAAAAUUAAAUAUGGUCUUUAUAAUCAACAGCAGAAAUUAUCUUUUGGUGAUGGUGAACAGAUUAUCUUUGUUUCUUUUAAUUUUAAUUGUUCUGAGCUCCUUUUACCUAUUUGGAGAUAUUCCUAAGUAGCAACAUUUCCUUUCUAUAUAAAUUUUAGGCACUUGUAUAUACUGUGUGUUUGCAUGCAUUAUAUACAUAACCAGAGGGUUCAUGUGUGUGUAUCACUCUCUCCUCAUAUAUUUUGAAUUAAUUUUCCAUUAAAUAAGUCCAUAUUUACAUCUUAAUUACUAUAGAAAUAUUUUUCAAAAUUUCAAUAUCUUAAAAAUUAAAUAUAUUGCACCUCUCCAGUACCCACUGAAAUACUGUGCUCCCUACAGAAAUGUUCCACAUAGUGUAUACAAUAGUAUUUAAAUUCUGCAUCAUAAAGCUUUUCUAAUAGAUAAACAGUCAUCUGGAGUCAACAUUGUACAGUCCCAGACUGUAUUAUACAUUUCCACAAAGCAUGAAACGGUAUCCUUUUAACGGUUACCUCUGCCACCCCUAGUAGUUUCUAAUAAAUACUUUUAGUUAUGUGUUGAGAGAGAUUUUUUGCUGAGUUGCAAAAGAUUAUUCACUGAAAAGACUUUUGCCUCACUGUUGUGAUUCUUGUGAGGCCAGCCAGACAUUAGUCCAGAUGGCACGCUGUUAGUGCUGGACAGACAUGGCUUUGGACAUGGCUCUGGGUUUUUUAAUUUUGCGUCUUCCCCCCCACCCCGUUGUUCCCAGGGUGGGAAGGUAUUGGGAUGGAAGCAGAGAGCUGCCCGCCCACCUGCUGCCACCUGCUCAGCUCUUGCUGCUGCUUUUAUAAAGCCUCUUCUUGCCCGUAAGAUAUGAUCACUGCAUACCCACAGUAAUUGAGGAAGGAGCAAUCUUUCUUUCACUCUCAGAAAGUCUUUUUUAGAUUGCCACAGUUCUCAAUUACAAAAUACAUUAUCCUGAGAAGACCUGGGGCUUUUUCUGCCAGUUGACACAAACUGACCACCGGAAUAAAUGUGUUUAAUCCAUUAAAAUCUUGUUGGAUUAAACAGACUUUUUUUUUUCUUCAGAAACUGAAUUUUUGAGAAUGGAGAUGGUGUUUAUUUCUCUCAUUUGCCAAGCUUAAAGAAAUGUAAAGAAUGACAGAAACAGACUAGUUGCUAACUACAGUUCUGUUUGUUUUUUCUUUAUUAAACUAUAAGCAACAAUUGUAAAACUCCUGGAAAAUGGUUAUUUUUUUGGAGAUGCUGUAAAAAAAAAAAAAAAAAAAAAAAAAAAAAAACAAACCCAAAAACCUUUCACACUGACUUCU